CGACGGCUCAGUGUAAACAAGUCUCUGGAGGGGGUAGGACGCGAGCUGAGAUCUCGUAGUGUACAAAUUUUAUCUGUGAUAUUGAAAGGGGCACAUUUGCCUAGAUCUCUUAUGAAACAACAUAUCUAGGCCUCUCUUUGUGCCAUGAGAGGCCAGCCACAAGGAUCACUCUAAAAGAAGACCAUUUUUACUAUUGACUUGUUCUCUAUGCCGUCGACCGAGCUCUCCGCUUUGUCCAACAACCUCCUCCCUCAUUAUUCUCUUUGCUAAUCAUGAACAACAAACACGGCAAGAUGCAGUAAUUUACAAAUAAUUUGGCAGGUGGUGCAGCUGUGUGGUGUGGGUUGGGUAUAGAGCGAGCUGGUACUGGGGUAGAUGGCGUGCGCACAGUCUCCUGUGACGGGUUCCUCGGAGAGGGGCCAGGACCUACUGACGCCCCUGCUGGAGGCCCUAGCCCUCGAGCCUAAAUACCAGCCCUCCUUGGCACUCCCGCUCACUGCCAAACAGGAUGGUGGCGAGAUCAGCAUGAGGAUGAGAAAUGGGUCGGCCCAUGUACUGCGUUGCUUGAAGGUGUGGUAUGACCUUCCUCCAGACACCUUCUUCAAUGCAGUAAACAUCAUGGACCGCUUCCUCACACGAAUGAAGGCACAACCGAAGCAUUUGUCUUGCAUCGCUGUGAGUGCAUUCCAUCUUUCAUGCCAGUUUACCCCUGGGUAUAGUCACUUGAGGGAUAUACCCCAGGUGGUACCAGAUAGCAGAGACCUUACCACCAUCUCUCAGUGCAAAUGCUCGUCUGGUGAUGUGACCCGCAUGGAGCGCAUCAUCAUGGACAAGCUGGCCACAGACCUGCGCUGCCAGCCACCAGUUACGCCCUUGACACUACUGCGCGUCCUCUAUGCUGCCCAUAACCACCUGGCUGCCCCACUCGUACACCACCCAACAUUACCACCUCCCCUCACCACCCUCAUACACAAGCUGGAGAUUGUGGAGUGCGAUUCUGCUGCAGCCACCUUCCGCCCAUCAGAACUGGCACUCUCCCUGCUAGCACUGGAGUUUAGCCAAGAUGCUGCCAACAAACAUAUUCACCAUGCCUGUAUUAACCAUCUUCAAAACAUAUGCAAGGUGACAUAUGACACUUUUGACCAGUGUCAGAAGGUAGUUGCCGAGUUAAUGGAUCAGUACGAGAACCAGAGACACUCCCCCCACCGCCAGCGUCUGGUUUGGAAACUCUCCAACAGAACCCUGCGUCAGCUUCGGCCCACAGACAAGUUCACCACUCGAUUGCCAACAAUUGUCGAGAUGCAGGGUCCCUCACACCCGCCUAUCAUAAGGCCCAGGAUGGAUAGCGAAAGCUCGGAGAUGUACGUAUCAUCGUCUGAGGAGGAGAUGGACUAUGACUACGAUGAGGAAUUCCCACCUCUACCAACUCCAGCGGCCUCCAUGAAAUCUCCACGGAAAUCACCCAGCCAGUCCCCACACAAGAAGACACCUGCGUUCCUCCCUUACCCCCAAUUCAACCGAAAACAUAACCGCAUUGCAUAAUCAUUUUGUUGCUGUUUGAUGCACCAAGAGCAAGUAAGCAACAAGAAGCCUUGCUACUGAUUGUAGCUUAAAGUAAAACCUGUUUAGUUUUGACGAACCAUUAUAAAUUUUAUUUUCAGUUCCUAAAUGUGCAGUUUUCAGAGUAUAGUUGCAGUAUUUGACCAAAUACCUGAGCAUAAUAUUGCUCUUUUGGUCUGUUGCAGCUAAUGGCCAUGUUCAUUGUCAAUGUUCCAACAUUAAUGAUGGUAGCCUUAUUCGUUGCUGAUUACUUUCCAAGUUCACACUGCACAAAGCUUUUUAAGCACGAGACAAAAAAAAAUUACUCUUCAACACUUGCAAAGUGUUUUCUGUUUUUCUUUCUGUACGAUGAACUUUUCCUAUAUUGGCGAGGUUGUCUUGCAUUAAAAUCGUAUAUUUUAGUAUAAGUUGAUUGAACUGACCACCGAAAAGUGAUAUUGUGAAGGAGUUAGUUAUAGCUGAGGAGGCGUUUUUAAUUUUCUGUCUUUCCCCGAGUGUGUUUUUGCCCUUUAUGGGUAAAGGUACUUGGAGGUAACAUAAAAAACUAAAAACAAAAAAUAUCAUGUUGUCACUCAGACUGGUCCUGAGUGACCCUUACUUAUUUAUGUCCUGUCAUUUUGCUUCAUCUUUACUAAGGGGAAUUGUCUCCUUCUUUACUUGUAUGAUCUUUAGUGGAAAACUUAAUGAUUACUGAAAAAAACAUACAAAAAUAUUACUUUAUUGGAUGUAUGUAAUAGUGUAUUGUAGCUUUAUUCAGCAUCUCCUUCAAGAAAAAGUACAAAAAAAUCAUAAAAAUCACAAAACAUACUAACAAGUAAGGUUAUAUUGUAAUAACCAUCCUUUACAUUUAUUCACUAAUAAUCUCUUUGGGUAUUGCCUGGUCAAAUUAAGGUGGUGAUUUUUUCCUGGCUGAUUGGAAUUUGGGACACAGGUUUACCAAUAAUUCAUAAAAAGAAGCUACACUAGUCAGUAUUGUUCUGUGCCAUGAACAGUGCUCCCAGUGCAGUGUUGCCAGACCUGCAAAAAACUGUAGCCCCUACGUCAUGUUUCCCAUUCAGUCGGGAUAACCAGUAGGAAGGCCGAAGUUAAGCAACACUAGACGUGUCCUAUUAGGGCACAAGGCUGUGAUACCCUCAGACACAGUAUGUUUUGAGAUGCUAGGAGUGGUGAGCGCCUUCCUUGUCGACCCGACAGGAAUCGGUAAUUUCUUUUUACUGAAUUCAGGGAGUAUCCCGAGGUAAACAAAAUGCUUAAAGAAUACACUAAAGUAUCAGGCAAACCUUUAUAUUAAUGGUGCCCUUAGCUACAGAUCAAGAGGCAUUUACCAAGGUGGUACUGCAAGUGAAAGUGGUCACUGCUCCAUUAGGGAGCCUGAUUCUGGUAGUGUGGUACAGUGGAGGAAGGCGGGUGGUGUUGGCGAGCCACCUCCGAGCGAUGGACACCCCUCUGGGCGACGAGUCGCGGAGGUGGCCCAUCCCCACCCCUCCCUAAUAAACCAGCAUCAGUGCUGUUGAUAUUAAAAAAAAGUAUUUUGAGUUUAUUAUAUAUUAUUUGGGGAUAGACGAUGUAUGUUAUCUAUGCAACGAGACCCCAUCUUAUUAAUAUUGUACCUGCCAGUAAUAAUAGACGUGUCAGAAAGUUUAUUGGUGCUGGGCUCCAAACAAGGAGCUAAGCUGAGUUCAUAUGGUAUAUGUUCUUCUAAUUUUUGUGCAUUGUAUUUAUUUAAUGAUAUAAAUGAUGUGUACAGUACAUUGAAUAUGGAGUGUAUUCUUAGUUUAUUUUGAAGAUGUAUAUUAUGUUUGUAAAUUUGUCAUCUUGAAAAGUGUUAACAGUAAUUGUUAUAAGCUUUCAUAAAAGCAGCAGCAUUUGGAGCCCAAUGAGUAUUGUCACCACCUGUAAACAGUCAGUAAGUAUAAUCAUCAUCAUUGGACAAAGUUUUUCCUGUGUUAAUAAACCAGUGGGGGCUGUUGUUCUCUGCCCCUAGCCAAACUACAGGUCAGGCUCCUCAGUCCCAAUUUUUUUUUUUUUAAUCUCGUUCAAUACGUAAUGUGAGCCACGGAGCAACAGGACCUGUCAAUUCUCUGACCCAUACAGCUAAAGAACCUGUGAAUUAUCUGUUGUUGUGUAGUAUGCUUAUUAUGGUUUCAACAUAGGUCCUGUUGUUAGACUGAUGUGAAGGUAAGAUUUUGUGAAUUCCAGUUGUACCAUUUAACCUCAGGUGAAUGUGUUGGUACAAAUUCAUCUCAUGUAUGUAAGGAAAGUGUUUUCAGUGUGGCAUAAUGUUGGGACUGAGGAAAGGGGAAAUCUGUUCUCUUUGUAGUCUUGGCCUUCAUGUCAUUUAUAUUAUAUUUUUAAUGUACAUAAUGUGUAUGAUGUACAGUUGUAAGUUAUUUUGAAGGAUUUAUCAAAGCCUCGGGCAUUUGACAACAACCCAAAGAGCCAAAAAAUAUAAAAAAGAAUGUAGUUGAUUCUUGUGUCAUACACUCAGUGGUCUAGCCUCUCCACAACAAAAUGAAAUAAGAUAAAUAUUUUUCUAA